AUCCGACACCGAAAUUUUAUUUCGUUUCGUAAAAUUUGUAUUCUACAUUUUUCAAAACAUCGAAAUAAAUAAUUGGAAAUUUAAAAUAACGAGGCUCAUAUUUUCAGUGAAUUAUUUUGCUGUAUUAGCGUCACCACAGUGCAAUUUAUCUUAGGUUAGUUUUCUUUACAUUUAUAUAUUUCCAGUAGAAAGUUCUAUGGAUAUAAGCCACUAGCUUUGAAAAUAAGUUAAAAAUGGCAUUAAACUUAGUUCGCCACAUAGUAAACACUGCUCGUACCGUCACAGUAGCAAAUACAUGUGUCUUAAAAUCAGCUCAAAGAUCACUGACCACAACACUGCCAACUCAAUUAGGAAUGAUACCUAUAGUUGUCGAACAAACAGGUCGAGGUGAGCGCGCGUACGAUAUUUACUCGAGACUUCUUCGCGAACGAAUUAUCUGCCUAAUGGGACCGAUAACUGACGAAAUCAGCUCCCUUGUUGUUGCUCAACUUUUGUUUCUUCAAUCUGAGUCUAGCAAGAAACCUGUACAUCUUUACAUCAACUCUCCCGGUGGAAAUGUUACGGCUGGGCUCGGUAUCUACGACACAAUGCAAUAUAUAACUCCUCCAGUAGCUACGUGGUGCGUAGGACAAGCAUGUAGUAUGGCAUCAUUACUUUUAGCUGCAGGUGCUCCAGGCAUGAGACAUGCGCUUCCAAACUCUCGAAUCAUGAUUCAUCAGCCAUCUGGAGGUGUGAGAGGCCAAGCAACUGACAUACAGAUUCAGGCUGAAGAGAUUCUAAAACUGAAGGCUCAAAUAAAUGCUCUGUAUGUAAGACAUACUGGCCUGCCUGUUGAGAAAGUGCAGUCUUCUAUGGAACGAGACUAUUUCAUGUCACCAGUUGAAGCGAAGACAUUUGGGUUGAUAGACAAUGUAUUGGAACAUCCACCAUCUCAUGCUUUAGAGAAUCCGGCUGCAAGUGCGGCAGUCUCAUCAUAGACAUGAUGUUGAUGAUUCUGAUAGUGUAUAAGUAUUG